AUGGCUUCAGCCGGCGACAAAACGUACAUUGUCGAGCAUUUGGACGAGGAGCUGGGGCCGUGGUCGGAGCUGGAAUACAUCGCCAUCGCGCAGGAGUCGCACGAUACUGGCGCAAAGUUCUGCCUCUCGUCGCUGGCCCCGGCCUUCAAGGUCCCCGACGCCCUGAGGGCCGUCCCCUCCUUCACCCCCGAGCCGCGCAGCGUCGAGGAGAUAUACGCAGACAACAAGGCACGAGUGUGCCUGCUUGAUCCCGCCGCGGCCAAGGACCUGUCGCCCGAAGACGGAGACACAUUUGACGUCUUCCUGUUUGGAGGCAUCCUGGGAGAUGACCCCCCUAGAGACAGGACGUCCGAACUGAGGAAAAAGGGCUUCGAGGGCCGCCGACUGGGGCCGGUGCAAAUGACCACCGACACAGCAGUGCGUGUCACGCGCAUGGUCGUCGAGGGCAAAAUUCCUGUCGCAGAGGUGCCGUACCUGGACUUCCCAGAGAUUCGGUUCAACGAGCACGAGUGCACCGAAAUGCCCUUCCGCUAUGUCAAGGGCGACGACGGCAAGCCCAUCAUGCCUAAGGGGAUGGUGGAGUUGAUCGGGAAAGAUGCCGACAAGGCCAUUGACGAUCUUUUCUAG